AACUUUCUGUAUUUCUCUUCUAGAUGGCUUUUGUGCAACUGAGUGGGAUAACCUCAUCUGCUGGCCGGAAAGCAUCCCGGGGAAGUUGGUGGCGAUGCCCUGCCCAGAGUAUAUCUAUGACUUCAACCAUCAAGGUCACGCCUAUCGGCGGUGUGACGUGAACGGGAGCUGGGCAUUGGUGCCCAGCCGCAACCUCACUUGGGCCAACUACAGCGAGUGUGCCAAAUUCCUCAACACCAACAGGACAGAGAGGGAAGUCUUCGACCGACUCUAUAUAAUUUACACCGUUGGAUAUUCCAUUUCGUUGGGUUCCUUGACAAUUGCAGUCCUUAUCCUUGGCUACUUCAGGCGUUUGCACUGCACACGGAAUUACAUCCACAUCCACCUCUUUGUCUCCUUCAUGCUCCGAGCCAUCAGCAUCUUCGUGAAGGACGCCGUCCUGUACUCCGGUUCAGCCCUGGAGGAGAUGGAGCGCAUCUCAGAAGAAGACCUCAAGUUCAUCACCGAGGCCCCCUUGGCAGAAAAGUCUCCAUUUGUGGGCUGCAAGGUGGUCGUCACCUUGUUCCUUUACUUCCUGGCCACCAACUACUACUGGAUCCUGGUGGAAGGCCUCUACCUCCACAGCCUGAUCUUCAUGGCGUUCUUCUCCGAGAAGAAGUACCUUUGGGGGUUCACCUUAUUUGGCUGGGGACUCCCAGUGGUCUUUGUCACAAUCUGGGCCACGCUAAGAGCCACGUUAGCAGACACAGAAUGCUGGGAUUUAAGUGCCGGCUAUUUCAAGUGGUUCGUUCAAGUGCCAAUCCUAAUAACUGUGAUGGCAAACUUUAUUCUUUUUAUCAAUAUUAUCAGAGUCCUAGCCACAAAACUCCGGGAAACAAACGCCGGGAGAUGUGAUACGAGACAACAAUACAGGAAGCUCCUGAAAUCCACCCUGGUCCUCAUGCCUUUGUUCGGAGUUCACUAUAUAGUUUUCAUGGCCGUGCCAUACACAGAAGUGACAGGGAUCCUCUGGCAAAUCCAGAUGCACUAUGAAAUACUCUUCAAUUCUUUCCAGGGAUUUUUUGUGUCCAUCAUCUAUUGCUUUUGCAAUGGGGAGGUUCAAGCAGAAAUCAAGAAGUCCUGGAGCAGAUGGACAUUAGCGCUUGACUUCAAAAGGAAAGCCCGCAGCGGCAGCACCACCUACAGCUACGGGCCCAUGGUUUCCCACACCAGCGUCACGAACGUCACCACGAGAGGGGGGAUCGCCCUUCAUCUCAACACAAGACUCUUUCUGGGGAACCUCAACGGACACCGGAAUUUGCCCGGAUACGUCAAGAAUGGCUCCAUUUCCGAAAACUCCAUGCCUUCUUCCGUGCCGGAACAGUAUAACAAAGAAGAGGAGUACCUUAACGGUUCGGGACUCUUCAACGGAGACAGGCCGACGGCGCUUGUCGAGGAGGAAAAAGAGACAGUGAUGUAAAUUUCCCCCCC